AUGAGUGAACCUAAAUCGAAACAAUUUGAAAAUAUUUACUAUGGACUUUCAAAUUCUCCAGGAAUCCUCAAGCUUGCUCCAAGUGGUUUAGGUUGGAAAACUCCUGAUUCUGAAAGUAUAGUAACUAUUUCUGCCGAAGAAUUUAAAAAAGUUCAAUGGAUGCGUGUUGCAAGAGAUUAUCAAUUAAAAUUUGCUUUAAAGAAUGGGAAUGCUGCAAGAUUUGAUGGUUUUCCCAAGGAGAAUUUUGAAUCACUAAGAGAAAUUAUUCGGACAAAUUAUAAAUUAAAUUUAGAAACAAAAGAGAUAUGUGUUAAAGGGUGGAAUUGGGGUGAAACUGAUUUUCAAGGUUCUCAGUUACUCUUUAACGCUAGUAAAAAAACCUCUUUCGAGAUCCCUCUAUCACAUGUUUCAAACACUAACCUUCAAAAUAAGUGUGAAGUCAGUCUCGAAUUUAUGCAACCAGAACAAUUUGGUGAAGAAUCACAAAGUAGGAAUCAUAGAAAUCCUACACAUGAACUCGUUGAAAUGAGAUUUUACAUCCCAGGUUCAACUAAAGUUUUAUUCUUUGAGGAAGUUAGAGAAAAGGCUGAUCUUACUCAAGUUUCCGGUGAAGGAAUUGUGCUCUUUAAUGAUGUUCUAUUGCUCACACCACGUGGUCGAUACGAUAUUGAAAUGUUUUCCAGUUUCUUUAGAUUACGUGGUAAAACAUAUGAUUAUAAAGUUCAAUAUUCUAGUGUCGGGAGUCUGUUUUUAUUGCCAAAACUUGAUGAUCUUCAUGAAAUGUUUGUGGUUGGCCUUGAUCCGCCAUUAAGACAAGGACAAACACUUUACCCUUUCCUUGUCCUACAAUUUAAAAAAGAAGAAGAAAAGGAGUUUAAUUUAAACCUCGAGGCUGAAGUAAUUGAAAAAGAAUAUGGAGGUAAAUUGGAGACUUCAUAUGAUGCAGAAAUCUAUCAUGUUUUCAGUAUAGUUUUCUCUGUGCUGACCAAAAGGAAAAUAAUUAAACCUUCGAGCUUUAAAAGUCAACAUGAUGAAGUAGCAGUAAAAUGCUCUCUUAAAGCGAAUGAAGGCUAUCUUUAUCCACUUGAAAAAUGCUUCUUAUUUAUACCCAAACCACCAACAUUGAUCAAGACUAGUGAAAUCGAAAAGGUCAUUUUCACCAGAGUAUCUGCUACUGCUGUUAAGGCUCCUAUAACAUCCGCAAGAACUUUUGACUUAAAGUUCAGAAUGAAGGGCAAUUUUGAGUACCAAUUCUCUAGUAUUAAUAGAGAAGAAUUUGAACAUUUAGAAGAAUAUUUCCGCAGCAAGAAAGUUAUAACUGAAAAUGAUACCUCUGACACUCAAACAAUACAAACGUUCAUUAACGAUAUUAGUGGCUCAUCCGAUGAAGAAAUGAUUCCGGCAUCUAAACGUCGCCAAAGCGAAUCAAUGCCGAUCGAUGGAGAGGAUUCAGAUUCUGUUGAUGAAGAUUUUCAAUUAGAAGAUACUGAUAGUGAUGUUGCUGAAGAGUUCGAUGAGAAUUACGCUGGAGCUGGAUCAUCGUCGGAUGAAACCGAACCACCAAGGAAGAAA